GUUCAACGGCUUUCUGAAUGAGUUCGUCAGUCUGGUUCGAGAUAAAUUAUCAAAAAUUACUCAAAAUUUUUAGAUUUAGGUUGAUAUCGUUCUGUGUUCUUUAUAAAAAAACCAACAUAAGUAUCAAAAACGGCGGCCACCGUCUAGAUAUUUAAAUUGCAAUGGCGCCAACCAGGUUGGCAUCAAAGCCAAUCGGCGUCAACGAAAACUUGAACGGUAUUCUAUACCAUGGAAUUACGACAAGGAGUAAGCAAUUGGCUACUCUAAAAACUCACAAAGAUUGUCUGAAAGUGCCAAACAAGAGAAAAGCUGAUAGUCCCUUGAAAGACCUGACUGCUAAGAGGGCGGCAUUUGGAGACAUCACAAACGCAAUUAACAAAUCCAGUGCUACACAUGACAAAGAAAAGGUUAUGGCGGUAAAAAAAGUAACUGUGGAAACUAAAUUGCUCCCAACCUUAAAGAGCAUCAAACAACAGACUACAGCUGUAAAUGGUAAAAGCUCGAAAGCCAAAACAUUACAGAGGGUGGCCACUAAUGCCAUUGAAUCAGUGCAUAAACAUUUCACUAGAGAGCCACUAAAACCAGUGGCCACUAGGGCACAGAAUGGCAUUCUGAAAAAUAUUGACAGGAAACCAGUUGGUAAAGAGAAUCAGAACAACAGUCAAAGCUCGGGGAAGUCUGGAAAAAGUGAUGUCUCUGGUGAUCCUUCCUUAUACAUGACAGCAUUGGAAAACAUAAGUCCCUCAGACUCAACAAAAGAGGAAUGCAAAACUAUUAGUGAAAAACUGAACAAAGUGAAUCUAGACGAUACUAUAAACAGGUCGUUAGAUGAAGAGACUGAAUCUCCACACAAAGUACCCAGUGGAGUUCCAGACUUUGACUUGGAGAACUGGAAUGAUCCAUUCCAAGUCUCCAAUUAUGCAAUGGACAUCUUUAAUUAUUUAAAGAGUAGAGAGCGACUAUUCCCGAUCGACGAUUAUUUAACUCGUAUGAGCGGUAUCACUUCGUGGAUGCGCGCUCUUCUGGUUGACUGGAUGGUGGAAGUGCAGGAGAGUUUUGAGCUGAACCAUGAGACCCUCUACUUGGCUGUGAAACUGGUAGACUUAUUCCUCACGCGCUCUACUAAAACGCAAUCUCAGAAAGAACAUCUCACAAAGGAAGAACUACAGCUGCUCGGCGCGUCAGCGUUAUUCAUCGCGUCCAAGUUCGAUGAGCGCAUCCCUCCUCUAGUAGAUGACUUCCUAUACAUCUGUGACGGCGCAUACACUCUAAGCCAGCUACUGAAGAUGGAGAUGAACAUCCUCCGAGUGGUCGACUUCGAUCUCGGCAUCCCUCUCUCAUACCGGUUUCUCAGGAGAUAUGCACGGUGCGCGCGGGUGUCGAUGCCGACGCUGACGCUGGCGCGGUUCGUGCUGGAGCAGUGUCUGCUGGACUACGCGCUCGUGCAGCACUCGGACAGCAAGAUGGCCGCCGCCGCGCUCUACCUCGCGCUGCGGAUGAAGGCCAUCGGCGGCUGGAGCCCCACGCUGCAAUACUAUACAGGCUACUCCUUAAAAGACAUCCUGCCCAUUGUCUUAGCACAGAACGCUACACUACACAAGAAACCGAAAUCCGCCAUCAGCACAGUGAGAAACAAAUAUUCCCACACGAUAUUCUUCGAAGUCGCCAAAGUGCCCCUCCUCGAAGAUUCCGCGUUGAGUAGUUGAAAAAUGCCGCGUGGCACUUUACACAUGAUGAGGAAAUUACUCAGGUGGGUUCAAAUUAUUUAAUAUUUUGUGUACGAUUGUCGUGUGUCGGACGAUCGCGGAUCGAACAUGCCACGAUAGCUUAAUAGUGAGCACCGACGACUGAUUCGCGGCAUGUGCAGUUGCGCUGUUAAUCUUUUAAGUUACUUAUUACUGUAAUAUGGAAAUCAAGCUCAAUAGAAGCAUUUAUUAAUUAUUAUAAUAUCAAAUUUAUGUAAGGUCGUCGACUACUAUACGAUAAUUUAAGUGUGCUCAUGUACGGUAUGAGUCAUGUCGCGUUUAUCACUGCCACUAAUUAGUAGAGCAAAGGAAGACUUAGACCAAUUUCCGAUUUAGCGCAUACAUAGGUUAAAGUGGCGUUAACGUUUAUUGUUAAAUAUUUAGAUGUCAAUAUGAUUUGUUUGUUAUGCAAAGUUUAUUUGCAGCCUUCUUUCAAAAUUUGACAUAAAAGACUGAUAAGCUUGCGAUGUUUGUCCAAGCUUUCUCGCCACCGACAUAUUGACGCCACAAGGGCGUAUUUUAUCCCAGUAUUGACAGGAGACUAAGGUAUCUUUACCAAUCGACUGUAGUGAAACUAAGUUUCAUACUAAUUUAUCUCUAGUUUUGUUUGACAAAAACUAAUGGAAAACCAAAAUCUCAAUCUGCCUCCUCAAGUUAUACAAAGUGCUCAAUAGAACUUAACCAAAAAACCAUGCCAUAAUUGCAUUCCAAUAUUGUUUAUCUGUCUUGCUUUAAGCUACUCAUAAAAUUUAAUUAGAUUAACUGUCUUCCUAUAGUGAAUUAUAGGUAAUUAAUAUGUAAUAUAGUGUGAAACGAAUGCUUGUUAUUACGCAAUACGGUUGUCCAGGGUAACUGACACAGUUUUGUUUAUUGGAUCAGAGUUUCUCAAACUCGUUCUCAUCCUUUCUUAAGCCUUACAAUAACGACAUUGUUUCUUCAUUCAAAUUCAGACUUAUUUUAGAGCAACUUUGUUUAUUAUUUGACUAAAAUAUUAGACAGCCUAUCAGUCACUGUAGAACAUUUUAAUUGAUUGAUUGGUUCGAGGUUCCUUAAAGGGUUCGAGUACCCUUCUUUGAGAAACACUGAAUUACGAUAAUAAAUGCUUAACCAAACCGUGCGUUAUUGCGACUUAAAUAAUAUGCAAUUAAUGUUACUUAAUUGAACUGAUGAAUACUAAUGUUAUAUCUUUUCAUGAAGUAUGUAUACAUUUUUCUUUGGACGCAAUUAUAAAAAGGAUUUACUUGAGUCGGAUCAACGAAUUGUAUAAUUUUUAUAUACAUAUAGUAUGUAUUGUACUUGGCAAGCUUUGCUAAUACUCUUUUAAUUAUAGUUAUUAUUAAUGGAUUUUGUAAUGUUUUAAUAAUUAAUUUACAUAGUAAUUAUUGUGAGAUUAUUCGCUCGAUUGUCUUAUGUUUUGUAAUUUAUCACAUUUUAAAGAGUACAAAAUAUUGGAAUGUUAUAAUAAUGUUGUUCAUUAAUAGUAAGUUUUAGAUUAAUUUCACUUUUAAACUGUUUUUCUUGAUAUCAUUUGUCAGCUAAUUAUACAAGGUUAAUAUAAAACUGAAAUGUAAAUAAAAGUGAUUUUGGUUUGU